CCGUCCACAGCCGUGCAGCCAACAUGCGCCUGCGCUGCAAAGCUCGCGCCAACUCCAGGCACAGCGACGUGUGGAUCGGCGGGAAAGCCUCCCGCAGGCUCCACUGGGUGCGCACCCGCUGGACGGACCGCAGCAACUGGGACUACUCCAACUGGGUCCGAGGGUACCCCAGGAGCUUUAUCACACGUUGUGUGUCCAUGUGCACCGCAAAUGGUCAGUGGAGAUGCCUCAGGUGCAUAACUCGCCUUCCCUUUAUCUGCGAAUACUGAGGGGGAUGCUCCCGCCAUGGGGUGGCCCUGCCCCCAUCGCUCUGCUGGCCUGGGCCUCCCUGCUCCACCCUGCCACCCCUGCCUCUGGGAGUUGGCUCCCCUCCCAGCCCCCCACAGCUCCACAGGGGGAGGCAGCCCCUGGCCCCCACUCUUGGUUGUGGCCUGUGACUCCCUGCAAUAAAACAG